AUGGAGCUGAAGAAGGACAGCAACGCCGUGUCCAUCGACAUGCUGCUGAUCGUGCACUCGGAGAAGCGGCGCGCAGCGCAGGGCACGCACUCGGACCGGCAGGCGGACCCGGGCGCGCUGCCGCAGCGCAGAGGAGGACUCCAGGGCGUCGGAAACGGAAUCCGGAGAUGGCAGAGAUUCGAAGGAAAUGACGUGCAUGGAAGCCUGGCGGAGAAGCAGCAUCCACAGCAGACCCAGGUCAUCACGUCCUACGACAACCAAGGGACACAGCUGACUGUGGAGGUCCACCCUCGAGAUGCCAUGCCCCAGCUGCUCAAGAAGUUCUCCUUGGCUAAACGUUUACAAAGUGAUAAAAAUGGAAACACAAGACCCCGGCAGCCUGGAACGAAAGAUGCCCACGCCUACCCCUGGGAUCGGUCCAGCCUGAAAUCCAUGCCCCUGGACCUGCGGCAGUUUGAGAAACUGGACACCUAUGCCUCACAGGUGACGGUCAAGAGUGGCCUGGACGAGCUGGUGAGCGACCUGCUCCAGGAGGCCCACAGUGACCUGGAGAGGGUCCGAGUGAUCUGGAUCUGGAUCUGCCACCACAUAGAGUAUGACGUCGAGGCCACCCAGGAGAAGGACCGCCAGGCCUUCAAGCCCACAGACAUCCUGCGGACCCAGAAGACCAACUGUGACGGCUACGCUGGACUCUUUGAGAAAAUGUGCAGGAUCGCUGGAGUGCAGUGCGUGACUGUGCCUGGCUACUCCAAGGGCUUUGGCUACCAGACGGGGCAGAGCUUCUCGGGGGAGUUUGACCAUGCCUGGAAUGCUGUGUACCUGGAGGGGAGAUGGCACCUGGUGGACAGCACCUGGGGCAGUGGCCUGGUGGAUUCUAGCACCUCCAAAUUCACCUUCCUCUACAAUGAAUUCUACUUCCUCACCCACCCUGCGCUGUUCAUCGAGGACCACUUCCCAGACAACAAGAACUGGCAACUGCUAAAGCCACCUCAAUCCCUGAGGCAGUUUGAAAGCAACAUGUAUCACAAGAGUGAAUUCUACAACAAGGGGAUGCUGAGCGCCCACCCAGAGACUUCUGUCCUCAGAACAGUGAACGGGAAGGCCACCAUCACCAUUGAGAGCCGCGCCCCGACACUCUUCAUGUUCAUGCUCAACGGCAAGCAGGAGCAUGGGCUGCUGAGCCUCCGGAAGAACGGGAUGAAGCUGGACAUAUACCCUCCGGCGGUGGGCACCCACAAGCUGCAGAUCUUUGCCAAGGGCAACUCCGACGUCUACAGCUCGGUGCUGGAGUACACGCUCAAGUGCAACUACGUGGACCUCAGUGUCCGGCUGCCGGCCGAGCUUCACCAGCCCGUGGGCCCCAGCUGGUUCUCGGAGCAGAUGGGCAUUGUGAAGCCCUCCCACCCCGACCCCAUCAUCCACACCAGUGACGGGCGCUGCUCUGUCAGCUUCGGCGUGGAGGAGGGCAUCAGCGUCCUGGCUUCCCUGCACGGGGACGAAGGCCCCAUCACCGAGGAGACGCAGCGACGCUACAUCUUCCAGCUGCAGCGGGAGAAGCGGGCCGAGCUGAAGGUCCAGCUGCCCCAGGCGGGCAAGUUUGCCCUCAAGAUCUUUGUCAAGAAGAGGCUGGAGCCAGGCAACUACGUCUUCGUCUUCAAUUACCUCCUGUGCUGCACCAACACCAAAGUGAACUGGCCCAUGUUCCCCGAGAGCUUUGGCAACUGGGGGCAGGACAAUGAACUGCUGGAGCCUCUGUCAGGCGUGCUUCCCGCCAACCGGGACGUCUCGUUCAAACUGAAGCUCCACGGGGUUGCCAAAGCCCUGGUGAAGGGGCAGGACACGUGGCCCCUGACCCUGAAUCAAGAGGGCUACUGGGAGGGCAGCUGCAGCACGGCCGGCUGCCGCGAGAUCUACGUCAUGGUGCUGGAGAACGCCAACCACAACUUCUACUCCUACAUCCUGAAGUACAAAGUGAACGCACAGUGA